AAAUUGCACUCCUUUCUCCCCCAAUUCUAGCAGGCCAGUGCUUCUCUUUCUCCUCUCCGUUUCUCUCUAUCCAAAAACAACGACGACAACACUUGUUUUUCUUUCUUCUUUCCCUUAGGACAAAACAUACCAAGAAGGAAAUAGUUGUACUACUUGUGUCACAAAAACAUACGAUGGGUACUUUAGUUGGUCAUGUGGCACCAGGCUUUGCCUUCCUUGCUCUUGGUUUAUGGCACCUCUUUAGCCAUACCAAACUCCAUGCUCAACAACCAAACUCCUACACGUCUUCACCAUGGUUCCCAACUUCAAAAUUUAGGUACUUGGAGCUCUUUCUCAUCAUGUUAAGCAGCUCUCUUUCUAUAUCCAUGGAACUCUUUAUUGGUCCUGAAAGGCAUCAACCAUUUGACUCUGAUGGAACCAUACCAUCAAACCACCUUCACAACUUUGAACACUCCUCGAUAUCAAUGACUUUCUUUGUUUAUGCAGCGUUUGCUAUUCUUCUCGAUAGAAUUGGGCCUAAAGCUCAAUAUGGUCUAACUCAACUCCUUGGAGCAUUAGCCUUUGGCCAACAACUUUUCCUCUUCCACCUUCACUCAGCUGAUCACAUGGGAGUUGAAGGGCAAUACCACUUGCUUCUACAAAUUGUCAUAGUUGUUUCUCUAGCCACCACUCUCAUGGGAAUUGGCAUCCCUAAAAGUUUCAUGGUUAGCUUUGUUAGGUCAGCUAGUAUCAUGUUCCAAGGUGUUUGGUUCAUAGUCAUGGGCUAUGCAUUAUGGACCCCUUCUUUGAUACCUAAAGGUUGCUUCCUCAACUUAGAAGAAGGUCACCUGGUGGUCAAAUGUCAUGAUAACGAGGCUUUGCAUCGUGCUAAAUCACUGGUGAAUAUUCAAUUUAGCUGGUUAUUGAUUGCAAUCACCAUUUUUGUGAUGUUCUUUUAUUUGGUCUUGGUCAAGUUUUAUGGGGACAAAGUUGAGUACUCAACAUUGACAAGGGAAGAAGACCUAAUUCCAGAUGACGACUUGGACGAUGUAGAAUCACAAAAGAGUAAGAAAGUUGGUGGCAAGAAGAGUUUUAUGGAUUUCGAAAAAGGCUUUGCACCAAUUGACAUGGAAAGGUAAGGAAAAGAUAUACCGGAGGGAUCAAAAUUGAUGGGCUAAAUGUGAUUAUUAGGUAUUUGUAAAAAAAAAUGAUAAUUUAGGUUUGUGGUGUCCCAUUUUGUUCAAUUUAAGCCCUCAACAAUGUCUGCUUGAUGAAAAACAAUGACAUGGGAAGAAAGGGUUGUAUUGUGUUAUUGAGAGCUGGGAAUUGGUGUGAAAAUUGUUUGGCUUGGAUUGAUUAAUUCAAGGUUUUUAGCUUAUAGGUGAGUGGUUUGUGUUUGAUUGUUUGUAGAGUGAAAAAAACAAAUUGAAAGAAAAUGAGAUGUUAUUUUAUUUAA